ACAUCGCUCUGACUGAAACACGCUCAGCGACUUGAGCUUUAUUUUACACCAUUUACUGUUAAAAUAUAUUGUUUGUAUUUUACUGUAGAAUCGGGAUGAAUUCCGGUGGAUGACAGGGAACAGGGGAAUAGUUUUGAAGCUGAAACAGGAAGUUGUUGUUCAGCUAGACCAGCGUGUGCUCUGACAACAACAGAUGGAGAGAGAGAGAAGAUACAGGCUCAUUCAAACCCUUAAAUACAAGUAACUGAGGUUAACGGAGCAGCAGCAGCUUCUCAUGCCGGUGGGUUGUUGAGGGAUCAGCUGGAUCCACGGUGCUGUGUUCGGUAUGAGCUCUGGGGACAGGGAGCCUGGGACCUCCUGGGACAAUGUGACGGAAGAGCCCACCUGCUCAGGUGAAAACAGCAAACAUGAUUCGGCCAUAUGCUCAGGCAGCACUGAAAUUAAGAGCUGUGCCGUGGUGAAGUACUCGGCCGCCCCUCCACCGACCAGCUAUGCCUUGCUGCAGGAGAAGACCGACCUGAAGCUGCCUCCCGCCAACUGGCUGAGAGAAAACCCUCAGCUGGGCAGCGCGGGCACCACCGUACUGGGCUCCAGCAGCAAGAGCAAACCUUUUUCUAGUUUUGGGAUGGCCUACGAAUUCAUCGACUGCAUCGGGGACGAUGUUGACGUGGUGUCAGACUCUGAGAACAUCAAGAAGCUUUUGAAGAUUCCCUACAGCAAGUCUCACGUCAGCAUGGCCGUUCACCGCGUCGGGAGGACCCUGCUUUUGGACGACCUGGACAUUCAAGAGCUCUUCAUGAGGUCUUCUCAGACCGGAGACUGGACGUGGCUAAAAGAGUUUUACCAGCGGCUAAUAGAUGAGAAGUGGCAGAGGAAAAAGAAGAGUAAAGAGCACUGGUAUCAGAGAGCCAUCCUGUCAAAGUUCCUCUACUACAGUAUAAAUGGUGAUGGAGCUGCGGAGCCUGUACCAGACAACCUGAAUGAAGGGGAGGUGGAGAACGAGACGGAGGUGUUCAGUUCUACAUGGCCCACCUCCUUCACCAGCACGCCGUCUGAAGCAGAAGAGUCGGACGCUGCCAAGCAGGAAAGCUUUUCUUUGGACAGCAACAUUGCUCUGGGUCAAGUGACGGCUGUACUUGAAGAGCAAAACCUCCCAGCUCUGUUCAACGAGGGGGAAAACAGUCAGGGUUUAAGAAACGACUUUGUGCGAAACAUCAUGUGGACGUUCGAGGAUAUCCACAUGCUGGUGGGAUCCAACAUGCCUAUUUUCGGAGGUGGUCGUUAUCCUGCCGUCAGUCUGAGACUCAGGGACAACAAUAAACCAAUCAACAUUCUGACAGGUAUCGACUACUGGCUCGACAAUCUGAUGUGCAAUGUGCCCGAACUGGUCAUGUGUUUUCACGUUAAUGGCAUCGUUCAGAAAUACGAGAUGAUAAAGACAGAGGACAUCCCUCAUCUGGAGAACUCCAAUUUCUCCACGAGGGUUGUGAAAGACAUCGCCCAAAAUAUUCUCUCCUUCCUAAAGUCCAACUGCACCAAGGAGGGUCACACCUACUGGCUUUUUAAAGCCAGUGGGAGUGACAUCGUGAAGCUUUAUGAUCUUACUACUUUAUGUGAGGAGGCUGAAGAAGGGAAAUGUCAGAAUCCCUUCACUCUCCCUGUGGCUGUGUUACUCUACAGGGUGGCCAGCAACCUAAUGCUGAAGGCGAGACAGAACAGGAAGCACUAUGGCACCGUCCGAACGCUGCUCUUAAACUGCGUCAAGCUUCUAGAUCAGGAGAGGCAUCCGCAGAUCAUCGCCUCAGCCCACUACAUGCUGUCAGAGCUGUUCCAGCUCGACGAGCCCCCUGAGGAGGGGGGAGAGUCGCUCCGGGCCGGCGGCUCCGAGGACAGCUACAGCGACGAAGACAGGGAGGAAGACGAGGAGGCAGAGUUGACGGAGGACAGCGAUGAGAACGGCUCCUACAGCAACAGCUCCAACCCACAGGACGACAGUAAAGCUGUGGCUGUUAUUCGCUCUGUAGGGGAGCUGUCUGUGCCGGAGAAAUACAAAUCGACCCACCAGAUCAGACCAAGUGGAGUUUUCCCCGUUUCUCAAGACAAGGAGGAGAGAUGCAGACACGUCCUGAGCUACGUACUGAAGGGCCUGAAGGCAGUGGAUGGAAGCAUUAAGAUGGAGAGCGACCUCCCAGCCGCGGACCCCAACACUCCAAUCCCUCUCAAAUAUGAAGACAGAAAUGCUAUUGGAGCCUGCGCCUCCGAGAAAGGCAUCUCUCUUCUUCUGGAGAGAGCAGUGGGGACCCUGCAGGGCGGCCAGAAGCACCUGACGCGCUCGGGGAUGAUCCCUGGCUCGUGGCAGCACCACAUGAAGCUGCAGCUCUUCCUCAAAGCCUCCAAGGCCUACUUUGUCCUGUCUGACGCCGCCACCAACUUACUGAAGUACGGCCGAGCUUUGCGCUACAUCAAGCUUUCUCUGCAGUGCUACGAUGCCUACUGCUCAGUAAGCGGGACGCAGCACUCGCAGGUGCUGCAGUUCCACAGCCAGUGUCUGUCUCUGUGUGGAGACAUCCAGCUGAUGUUGGCCCAGAACGCCAACAACAGAGCCGCUUACCUGGAGGAGUACAGCUACCAGACCAAAGAGGACCAGGAGAUCCUGCACAGCCUGAACAGAGAGAGCAGCUGCCAAGCCUUCAACAUGGCCACAGACCUGUCGAUCGACCCGGAGUACCAGCUGUUUGUCAGCAGUAAAUGUUACGAGGCAGCGUAUGAGCUGCUCGUCUCGGAGGCUUUGAAAGAUCAGGAGUCAGAUCAACUGGCUCAGGUGCUCAGACGGCUGGGAAACAUCCGCAAUGAGAUGGGAGUUUACUACAUGAACCAGGCGGCAGCCAUGCAGACUGAGAAAGAAGUCAAGAAGUCUGUGUCCGUAGCAGAACAGGAGAUGUGGAAAAAAAGUUUUUCCUACUUCGAGAAAGGUAUGAAGGACUUUGAAGCCAUCAGGGACAGCACCAACUCGGCCCUGCUGCUGUGUAACACCGGCCGACUGAUGAGAAUCUGCGCUCAGGCUCACUGCGCCGUCUCUGGCGACCAGAGCCGAGGGGAGUUCUCCCCUGAAGAGGCGCUCUACUACAACAAGGCCAUAGAUUACUACUUGCGGGCUAUGAGGUCACUGGCAAACCGAGCAAACCACCCAUUGGUGUGGGACAGUGUGAACUGGGAGCUGUCCACUACCUACUUCACCCUGGCAACACUUCUGCAGGACUACGCCCCACUGUCCAGGAAGGCCCAGGAGCAGAUUGAGCGAGAGGUGACAGAGGCGAUGAUGAAAUCCCUGAAGUUCUGUGAUCUCCAGACUGAGUCGGCUCGUCAGCCGCUCUACCAGUACAGAGCUGCCACCAUCCACCACCGCCUGGCCUCUAUGUACCACAGCUGCUUCCGCAACCAGGUGGGAGACGAACACUUGAGGAAGCAGCAUCGGAGCCUGGCAGAGCUUCACUACAGCAAGGCUGUUUGUUUAUUCCUCAGCCUCAAAGAUGCUCCCUGUGAGCUGCUCCGCACGCUCCUGGAGAGGGUGGCCUUUGCUGAGUUCACAAUGGCAGGUCAGAGCAGCAGCGGGGCGAAGCUGAAGAGCCUGACUGGAGCUCUGGAGAUCAUGACAGAAAGUCGUCAUGCUUUCCAGCUCAUUCACAACGAGCUGGAGCUGGAGGAGGAGAAGGAGGAGGAGAAGGAGGAGGAGAAGGAGGAGAAGGAGGAGGAGGAGGAGGAGGAGGAGGAGGAGGAGGAGGAGGAGGAGGAGCAGGGCGAGCCGAGUGAACCCCACGCUGCGGACUCGGCUCAGUCUCCCGACGUGGCCACCGGUCCCACCUCAGGACUCAACCUCCAGGAAGUGAGGAAGCUAAUCGGCGUGUUCGAGCCGAGCUUCUCCUUCCUGCUGCUGCAGCUCAUCAAACUGAUGACGACCUUGAAACGAAAACCAAGCAAUAAAGACGAGGAGCUGUUGAAGACGUAUAAGAAUGUCUACUCCAAGCUGCUGCGAGCCGAGAAAAACGCACCUCUCCUCAGCCGGGUCGGCGUCUACAAAGACCUGCUGCAGCAGCUGACCCCGCAAACAGGAAGUGACGACACGGGUACACCUUCAUGAUGACGAGGAGGACACUCUAGACUUUGACGCUGCUCCCCACACCUUGCCGGACAUCCAGUCUGAAUUCUUGGGAACUCCUGAUGACUGUUUUCACUAAAAACUGACAUCAGUAUUAACAGACUCAUCCUCAGGCAACUGUCUGACUCUGAAUAACGGUUCAAAGCUAAUUUCACCUCCCGCGCCUUAUAAACAAGUUCAUCUUUUUAUAGCAUUUGCAUCCCAGGGUUUGAAUUGUUCAUUUUUUUUGUUGUAAAUUCAUAAUGUGUUAUUUAAUUGUCUUUAUUGCUUACACAGUUCUGAAUCACCGUUAAACCUUCUCUCUGUUGGAUUUGUUGAGUGCAUCCGCCAUAAGUCAAAUUUCAAAUUACACAUAACUCCUACAUACAGGGCUUAAAUAGACAUAAAUCGUUGGCAAAGGCUCAGAAAAAAGAAUUAAUUUCAAUAUAAUUGCCAUAUUUGAUAUUCAGUAACUCCAGUAAUGCUAUGAAAAAAGUGUGGGUUGUAGUUUGACAAAGUGAAAUAAGAGUUAAAUAAGUAGUUAUUUAAUUUCCAAAAAGAUAUGUGCAAUACUUUGGCAACAUCCAAUGCAAACAGAAGAGUUUGUCCACAUGGCUGUGUGUAUGUAUGUAUAAAUGUGAGUUUAUAUCAGCAUGGUUUGCUGUGACAUGGAAAUAAAAGGUUUUUAAAUUUUA